UGAGGCAAAGAACUCAUUGAGGAGUUCAGCCUUGUCCCCCCUGUCCAUCACCAAUUGCUUCUGCCCAUUUAGCAGGGGUCCUAUUCCUCCCCGGGCCUUCCUUUUACUCCCUAUAUAUCUAAAAAACAAUUUAUUGUUAUCCUUAACUUGGGAUGCCAUCCUCAGCUCCAUGGUAGCUUUGGCCUGUCUAACUGCCUCCCUACAAGCGCGAGCAGAGGAGGUAUACUCCUCUUUGGUAAUCUCUCCCCGUUUCCACUUUUUAUAUGCUCCCCUUUUAGUCCGCAGGCUGCCCUGGAUUUCUCUGGUCAGCCAAGGAAGCCUCCUGGCCCCUUUCCCUCUUUUUCCUCGCAUCGGGAUCGUCUCCCUCUGUGCCCGAAGGAUCAUUUCCUUAAGGCACAGCCACCCUUCCUGGGCUCCCAUCACUUCAAAACUGCUACUCUGCAGUGCGUCCUUGACUAAUCGCCUGAGUUCAUUGAAAUCAGCUUUCCUAAAGUCUAGCACUUUCACCCCACUAGUUACUUUACCCAUUCGACAUCUUAUGGUGAAUUCUAUUAUUUGGUGAUCACUGUCCCCCAGGUGACCACCAAUCUGUAGGUCUCCUACCAUAUCAUCCCCCGUUGCCAAUACCAGGUCCAGUAAGGCAUUCCCCCUAGUGGGACCGUGUACCUUCUGCGUCAGGUGGAGGUCCUGUACGCAGGAUAGGAAUGUGCGUGAAUGGUGGGACUUUGCUGUCUGUGUCUCCCAGCAGAUGUCUGGGUAGUUUAGGUCCCCCAUGACUACCGCCUCCUUAGUUUUUAUGGUCUCUGAGAGCUGCCUCUGGAGCCCCAAAUCUAGUUCUUCCCCUUGUUGUGGGGGUCUGUAGCAGACCCCUACCACCAAAUCCCUUUCUCCUUGCCCCCCAUGUGACAACCCACAGUCCUUCUACUUUAUCCUCCUUUGAUUCCGUCUUGAUGAGGGUCGAAGUAUAUCGCUCAUUGACAUAGAGCGCAACCCCUCCCCCUUUCUUCCCCACCCUGUCCUUUCUGUACAGCCUAUAACCCUCAAUAUGUACCGCCCAGUUGUGGGAAGAAUCCCACCAGGUUUCAGAUAGCCCUCCUAAGUCGUAGGUGUUUUCUGCAGGCAGGAGUGCUAGUUCAUCCUGCUUGUUCCCCAUGCUCCUAGCAUUGGUAUAUAGGCACUUGAGCCCUGUGACUAGUGCCUUUUUUGCCCCCCAGCUCCGAUUCCCAAAGGGCCCCUUAUUGCUUACUGCUUACCUGUGCUGUAUUGCUGGCCGCCUCAUGGAUUGCAGGUUCCCGAUGUUCUCCUUCAGGCUGGGCUGUCCUUGUGGGUGCCACAUGGUUUGGUGGUCCACGGCUUCCCCUGCCCUCAUCUUCCCCUCCCCCUGACGAGCCUAGUUUAAAGCCCGCCGGAGGAGAUCCGCCAGCCUAGAAGAGAACACGCGCUUACCUUUGGGGCACAGGUGAUGCCCAUCCCAACUGAGCAUGUUCCUCAAUGAUCUGUUGACGUCCCUUCUGACCCUAACAUCUAUGAAUUUUUAUUUGGGAAGAAAAACCCUAGGAGAUGCAGUUGGGAAAACAGGUCAGAGUUCUGGAUUUUAAAAAGAUUUAAUUUGACCCCACUCAUAAAGAGGCAAAAUAUUUACACGUGGCAAAUUUUAAGCAGCGAUCUAAUAAUCUACAAAAGAGUGUAAAAUGUUAAAGAAUUUGUUUUGGGCAGAACAACCGAGUACUUUGAAUUCCAAAGAGACUUCCUGUUUGGCUGUUGUUAAUUUUUGAGGUUUGGGAAUAAAGUUGUGUAGCAGAUAUGACAACAUGAGAACUAAAAAAUAUUGGUAUGUUUAUGGUUUAUGGUUUUUUUGAAAUAGCAACACAGUCUAUAGAUAUUGGAACUAAAAAAACCCCACUUCUUUAUUUGCUCUUGGCUACUGUUAGCAAGUAAAGGGGCGUGCACAACUUUUUUAAUAGAAGAUGAUUUUUGUUCUUAGAAAAUUCAAGUGUUCUGCCUUCAUUGCUGCAACGAACAACUUCAGAAUGUAAAGGAAGUAAUGCUAGUUUUUCAGGUUGCUCUAGUUUCAGUGCGACUACUCAAAGCUUUUUCAGCACAAACUGUGAAUCAGUAGUUACUGUUUUAAUUCAGAAAAGCAUUGUGAAGAUCAGUGAGAUUGCUGUGCUUAACUACUGUUUAAGUUUCCUAAGCAGGUGCAUGAGGCUGAAAAUGGGCAAAGUUUACACAGUGGAGGAUGUCCUUGAACCUGCUGAGGGAAAAAUAGUUUUAACAGCUGAAGAUCUGCUGGGGAGGUGGGGGAUGGCAGGAAAAGAGAGAACGUUUUUUUCCCAGUUGGCAGUUUAGGGCAUGGGAAAGUACAGAUUUAUCAGAGACCAACUAAACCUGGAAUUGGGACAGGAUGGAGAAUGUGUCUAACAUGACUUGAAGCUAGGAUUUCAAGGACUUACUCCUUUCUCAGCAGCCGCCUGAUUGAUGAGGAGCAGGCUGGGCUUUGCACUGAUAUCCUUGUUUAUGGAGCUACGUGCGUCUCUCUGAAUUCUGGACAUUGAUGUACAAAACUUUGCCAUCAGAAGCCUUUGGAUAUGAAAGAUGAUAAUACUGAAAAACACUGCCCUGUUACAGUGAAUCCCUGGCAUAUGAAGAAAGCUUUCAAAGUUAUGAAUGAAUUAAGAAGAACAAUGAGAGAAGGAUGGAGGAUAUUCACCAAAGUGUUUCUGAGGAGUCUGCUGCUAGAAGGAUUGGAUAGUUGCAUUGUUUCAGUCUACCACAUACCGUUUUUCUUGGUAGCUAGUCAAAGCCUGCUGUGUGAUGUGACAAUAGUAGCGGAAGACAUGGAAAUUGCAGCUCAUAGAGUUGUGCUAGCUGCCUGCAGUCCUUACUUCCAUGCUAUGUUUACAGGGGAGAUGACUGAGAGUCGAGCAAAGAGAGUUCGGAUAAAGGAAGUUGAUGGCUGGACUCUGAGAAUGCUUAUUGAUUACAUUUAUACUGCUGAAAUUCAAGUUACGGAAGAAAAUGUACAGGUUCUUCUCCCAGCAGCUGGUCUGUUACAGUUGCAGGAUGUGAAGAGGACUUGCUGUGAAUUUUUGGAAUCUCAGCUUCAUCCGAUCAACUGCUUGGGGAUUCGUGCAUUUGCAGACAUGCACGCAUGCACAGAUCUGUUGAACAAGGCCAACAUGUAUGCAGAACAGCAUUUUUCUGAGGUCGUACUUAGUGAAGAAUUCCUCAACCUUGGUGUAGAACAGGUGUGCAGUUUAAUAUCCAGUGACAAACUUACAAUUGCCUCUGAAGAGAAGGUAUUUGAAGCAGUCAUUGCAUGGGUAAACCACGACAAAGAUGUGAGGCAGGAGUUAAUGGCUCAACUGAUGGAACAUGUUCGGCUGCCUUUACUUUCCCGGGAGUAUUUAGUUCAGAGGGUUGAAGAGGAAACAUUGGUUAAGAACAGCAGUGCGUGUAAAGAUUACCUCAUUGAAGCUAUGAAGUAUCACUUACUGCCGACUGAACAACGAGCCUUGAUGAAAAGCAUUCGAACUAAACUGAGAACACCUGCUAGCCUUCCAAAGCUGAUGAUGGUAGUUGGAGGACAGGCACCAAAGGCUAUCCGCAGUGUGGAAUGCUAUGACUUUAAAGAAGAGCGCUGGCACCAGGUGGCUGAAUUGCCUUCCAGAAGAUGUAGAGCAGGAAUGGUGUACAUGGGUGGCCUGGUUUACGCUGUUGGUGGUUUCAAUGGCUCUUUAAGAGUUCGCACAGUCGAUUCCUAUGAUCCAGUGAAGGACCAGUGGACAAGUGUUGCUAACAUGCAAGACAGGAGAAGCACGUUGGGAGCUGCUGUAUUAAAUGGGCUCUUGUAUGCUGUAGGAGGAUUUGAUGGGAGUACAGGUUUAUCAUCUGUAGAAGCUUAUAACAUAAAGACUAAUGAGUGGUUUCACGUAGCUCCGAUGAACACAAGAAGGAGUAGUGUCGGUGUAGGUGUUGUUGGAGGUAAGCUGUAUGCUGUUGGUGGCUACGAUGGGGCAUCACGUCAGUGCCUUAGUUCAGUAGAAUGCUAUAAUGCUAGUACAAAUGAAUGGACCUAUGUUGCAGAAAUGAGCACUAGACGGAGUGGAGCAGGUGUUGGUGUGUUAAACAAUUUAUUGUAUGCAGUAGGUGGUCAUGAUGGUCCUUUGGUUAGAAAAAGUGUUGAAGUGUAUGAUCCUGUUGCUGGUACAUGGAAGCAGGUUGCAGACAUGAACAUGUGCAGAAGGAAUGCAGGGGUUUGUGCGGUAAACGGUCUGUUGUAUGUAGUUGGAGGAGAUGAUGGUUCCUGUAACUUAUCAACAGUGGAAUAUUAUAACCCAACAACAGAUAAAUGGACAGUUGUGUCAUCCUGUAUGAGUACAGGAAGGAGCUAUGCAGGUGUUACAGUUAUUGACAAACCAUUAUGAGAGGGGAAAAUAUUUUGAACUUAAAUUAUGCACUAGAAGCAAGCUUCAACAAGUAUGUUUGAAGUGAUUGAGUAUCUAAGCACUUCUCUACUUGUAGCUGCACAUUGAGUCACAGUGGAAGAUGUGACUGUCUACAAUUACGGAAAACAGAUAAUGAAGAUUACUCUAGAUAGAAGCAACGUGUAGGAUUAUUCUGCAUUGAGCAGCAGCUGACUGAAUUUUUAUAAAGGCUUGUGGACCAGUUUUUAUUUGCAAGGUCGUCAAACAAAGUCACUUUCAUAAGGACCAACUCAUGUCAGUCACGACUGAGAAAUGGAUUGUUUGUCAGUGAAGAAUGAUAAAGUGAUGUGUAUUCUGGUGAAAGUAAAUUUUUGUCUUAUUUUUUCCAGAGACUUAAUAUAUACAUAUAUAUAUCCAUGAACUCCCAAGUCUUCAGAAUGGGUAUUGAAUCCCACUUGAGUCAUACAGUUUGGGGUGGGGCAAGCCUGUUUGCCUUUAUAAAUUUUGUUACAUGAAUAUGUGUGCAUAUGUAUAUGUGUGUGUGUUGCUUUUCAUUACAAAACUCUUCAGAACUUGAUUAUACUAUUUAUAAUUGGCACAAGUACUUUGAAUUAUGCCAGUACUAUGUUGUAAAACAGAGUUGUAUUUUUUGAUAUUUAACAAUGCUUAACACUACUAAAUGCCACUUACAGAGAACGAAGAAGGCAUAUAUGCUUAAACAGGUGGAGUGCCAGAAUCUUUUUAAUAAACAAUGAGUUGCUGGUACUUAUUUAAAAUAUUUUUUCUCUCUUUAUUCUUGGCCAUGUUUAAAUCUUCUCCUUUCUUACCUUUUUUAUCAAAGGUGUUUUGGCAUGAACAUAAGUGAAGAUUUAUAAUGAAUGUAUGGACCUCAACUGAACUUGCAUGGUAUUAAGAACUAUCUAUGUGUAUAACUUCAGCUGCUAUUAAUGAAUAUGAAAAUAUGCUGUAUGUGGCCAUAUUUGUAAAGCAACUACCACUUCUGUUCAUUUGUGGAUGGCCUCCUUUUAAAUAUGGCCUAAACUAUUGUCAUCUUUGAGCUAUUUUAUUUAAAUAAAAGUUUGUAUAUUUGUUUCAUAAUGCCAA